AUGCGAGAAAAAGUUUGGUUCCCCUUAAUUGAUUCACUUGUCAAAUCCGCUAUCGACAGCUGUAUACCAUGCCAAGCCACUGGACGUCCAAAACCACCACAACCUCUGUUAAUGCGCGAAAUACCCAAGGAGAACUUUGACACUGUAUACAUUGACUUUUUGGGCCCGUUACCAAGUGGAGAAACACUCUUUGUCCUAAUAGAUGGACGCUCCCGAUAUCCGGUAACAAAAAUUAUGAAGAAAACGGAUGCUCCUCACCUAAUUCCAUGUUUAGACGAGAUCUUUGCCACAUUUGGAUUACCAAAAAAAGUUAUCUCGGACAAUGGUCCACCGUUUCAGAGCAAAGAAAUAAAGAAAUUCAUGGAUGACAAUGGCAUUCAACACAAAACAAUCACUCCAUUAUGGCCAGAAGCAAAUGAAAGCGAAACUUUCAUGAAACCACUGAUGAAAGCCAUUCGUACUGCUCAUCUGCAAAAGCAAAACUGGCGCCACACCAUGCAGGAAUUCUUAUUAAAUUACAGAGCUACUCCCCAUACCACAACUCAAGUUGCACCGGCCACACUCAUGUUUGGUGGGAACACCCGCACAAGAUUACCUCAGACUGACACUAAAACCGACAAGAAUGCCCUUGAUCAUUCCGUCGAACAACGCGAUGAAGAACAACGACAACGCAUGAAAGAAUACGCAGAUCGACGGAGACAAAGUAAGACGACAACCAUGAAUAUUGGUGAUUAUGUACUCGUAAGACAACAAAAGCACAACAAAUUUACCCCGAAUUUUGAUCCCAAACCGCUACGAAUAA